GAAAAUCUUUACAAAAGAAAAAUAUUUUAGUUUCCUAAAUCCUACAUGAAGCUCGUGGUUUCCUAAUAUUUUGUGGCUUUCCCGAGAUUUCCUGUGCAGAAGAAACUUCAUUUUCUCGCAAUAUGUCAUUGAACCGUAAUAAAUAUGAAAAAGCUCGGAGACGUUUAGCAGCCGUGACGUUUUUGUCGAACAUUUCUUUAGAUGGCUCUUUUAAAGACACUGAAUUGCGGAAUAUCUUGAAUAAUUCAAAGAGUGAGAAAUGUGACGGCGGAACCAAAGCUAAAGAUGCUCAAAAUAAUUAUGGGGAUAACAAUCGCAAUCGCACUAAAUUAACAAAUCCAAGCCCUGUGCCCAAAAUCAAUGGUGAUAACAAUUCUCUAAGCUCCGACUCUGAGCAGCCUAAUCACACUCCUAUAAAAGGAACGAACAGCCAAUAUAGGGAAAGGUGCUCAUCUGGUAAUACUGACUUAGUAAGGGAUAAACAUUCAUCAGUGAAAGUAAGAAAAAUACCAGGAAUCGCACAGGAAGAAAAAAGUAGUUCUGAAAGUCUUAAUUUUGGUCGUUUUAGAACCAGCAGCAUUGUAAUUUCAGAGAAACAUAACUAUUUGAAGGAGUUUAGAGUAAUUAAAGCUACUAAAGGUGUUUCAUUUAAAGAUGAAAGGCUUGCAUUUACGCCAUUUCAAGGAGUACCAUGUGUUUUAUUCAGUAUUAUACCAUAUUCAAAGACUACAAAGACUAACCGCUCUGACUUAAGAAAAGAUGGUGUGCGCAGGCGCAAUACAUCAGGUCCUCGUCCAUUGUCUGCAAUCACUGACAAUGGCAUAGAUCCAUUUGAUCUACUGGGACUAGAAAAAGAAGAAAACGGUCAAGACAUUUCAUACUCUAAACUGUUGGUACCUUCGAGAGUGUUCACAAGGGAACAAUAUAGAAAAAUGUAUGAAGGUGACUAUGCAGACAAAGCAACUUGGAAAAUAUUAAACCGUCAUCCUCACGUUAUUGCCAGGACAAAAUUAUUGACGAGGCACACGGAUAAAAAAUGGUGCUUCUCGUAUGAAUCAUCGCAAAGGACGACUACUGCAUCGUCGCCGCCGCAUUCCUCGAUUGAAACUAAAACGUUCGACUGGGACGAAGGAGCUAUACUGGCGCAGAAAUAUGUCCACUACUGUCCAAAUGUUCUGGAUGACCCUGAGCUGAUAGCCGGUAAGCACAGGACCCUGCUGACUUUCACCUCCUACAUGACGUCUAUCAUAGACUACGUGAGGCCUCAAGAUCUCAAGAAAGAGCUUAACGAUAAAUUCCGAGAGAAGUUCCCUCAUAUUAAGUUGACUCUGAGUAAACUGAGGAGCAUCAAAAAGGAAAUGCGCAAAAUAGCGAAGUAUGACAACGGUGGGAUCGACCUGCUGUCGGUGGCGCAGGCUUACGUGUACUUCGAGAAACUCAUCCUCGCCAACCUCAUCAACAAAGAUAACAGGAAACUAUGCGCCGGCGCCUGCCUCCUGCUCUCCGCCAAACUUAACGAUGUCAAGGGAGAAAUGCUCAAAGCUCUUCUAGAGCGCAUCGAGACAACAUUCCGUCUGAACAGGAAGGACCUGAUAAAGUUCGAGUUCGCCGUCCUCGUCGCGCUGGAGUUCGGUCUGCACGUGCCGCCGUACGAGGUGUUCCCGCACUACCAGCGGCUGCUCCACGACUCGUGACGCCGCCGACUCGCCGACAGCCGUCGACACGACCACACCCGCCGACACGACCACACUCGCCGACACGAGGUGCGCCGGCUCGCCGACCCCCCCGCCCGCCGGCGCGCCAGCAUCGUAGACAACCUGCGGCCGACGGCGUGGAUGUAAGGUAUUAUGUGACGGAUAAGGAGAAGUUCAACGAGUCGAGGCGAGCAUAUUCCACUCGUAUGCAGCCUAAGACCGCGGGCAGCAGUGGAGUAAACUGAACUU